UCAAGCUGCUGUACUCAAUUUACUUGUUCAAUUACUUUUAAUUCGUGUUAAUUAUGAUUAAUUAGAAGCUGAUGACAUUCGUUGCAUUUCUAAUCGUUUCGUUUAUUUUUAAAUAGCAUUUUAUUUAUUGUAUUGCUGAAUUUCUUGUUAUGUUAUCACAUGACACACUUCAUUCAAAACAAGUUAUUAAAGUACAAGAUUUAAUAAAACAUUAUGAUUCAUUAUUAGCAAGUGGACAUGAAUCUGAAACACAUGUUAUUGUUAAUAGUGUUCAAAUUGAAGAUGAUAAAUGGAAACGUCGUUCACGACAAAUUGUCGACGCACUUCUUGCUCAUUUACAAUCUCAGGAUCAAUCACUUUUGAAUAUUUAUUCCACACAAUUAACACUAUUUGAUGUUGUCUCAUCAGUUGCAUUACGAUCAAUUGAUCCAUUUGUUAUUGCUUUUCGAGCAUUCUGCAUACGUAUUCGAAAUGAUUUUAUUUAUAAUUUAACAAUGAAUGUUUUAAAUUAUUAUGAUUAUCAUUUUAUAUAUCAUUAUUAUUACAAUGGACCCAUUCUGAAUAUACUUGAUUAUACACAAGAAGCAUGCUGGUCACCGAUAUUAACACCAUCAUCAUUAAGAAUACAUUUAUCUAUCAGUGGUCAAUUACAAUCUUAUUGUGAUUUAAUAUAUCAUCAUGAAUUAUAUGUUGAAUAUUUUACAUCAAUAACAACACAUUAUCAAUUAUUAUUAUUAUUUUUUAUUUGA